GACGGCCAGAUUUCGGCUCUGGCCGCUCAAAGCAUGAAACAUGGACUUCGGAAUCCAUCAACCCGGCAAGUCUGGCUAUAAUGACCCACAGCGUGGUCAUGCUGCAUCGAGCUGCAUCUGUACUCCAUAACUAACUCUAGUGUCUCCUCCGAAAUCACAUUUCGCUUGUUACAGAGAGGCCCACGGGCGGGAUGAUCCGGCUCCAGUCUGUUGGCACCUUGCUCCGCUCCGGGUCAUGAGGUUGAGGUUACAUGAGUGCCUUCGUUGGUUAGCUGAUUACGGAUACCGUGGUACGGUAGGCACAACAGUUGACUUGGGUAUGCAGUAAUUAAUCAGAACUUUGAGUGUUCUCCACGGCGUCGCCGGCUGCAACGUCAACGGUUCUAAUACCGACAGUUACGGAUACAGACCACAAACAAAUGUCAACGAAGCAGCCUGGGCUCAAGGUGAUCGCCCUGGUCUCCGGUGGCAAGGAUAGCUUCUUCUCGCUCCUCCACUGCCGAGCAAAUGGUCACGACAUCGUCGCCCUCGCCAAUUUGCAUCCGCCACUAACGCUAUCGCGACCGCUCGGACCGUCCAAGAAGACUCCCUCCUCCCCCCCGGUGCUGGCAGCUCCAAGCGCGAGCCAGGAUGGAGCUCUUGACGAUGCCGCCAGUGCGCCGGCCCAUGCCUGCCGUGACUGUGGGACCCCUGGAAAUGAGCCCGCGUGUGCUCCAUGUGCCCCAGAUGAGGAUGAGCACGACCUCAACAGCUUCAUGUACCAGACUGUGGGCCACCAGGUGAUCCCCUUGUAUGCCGAGGCCACCGGCAUCCCGCUCUAUCGCCGGGCCAUUGUCGGCGGUGCCACCCAGCACGACAAGGACUACUCGCACUAUGAGCCCUCUCGUCCUCCGGGCACCAAGACCGGCCAUCGGGAUGGCGACGGUGCGCCCGAUGAGACCGAGUCCAUGGUGCCGCUGUUGGAGGCCGUCAAGGCGGCGCAUUCAGAGGCUAACGCCCUAUGCGCCGGCGCCAUCCUCAGCACAUACCAGCGCACGCGCGUGGAAUCGGUUGCCAUCCGCCUCGGACUAACACCCCUGGCCUACCUAUGGAAGUUUCCGUUGCUGCCAACUCCGCCGCUCUCGGACCCCGCCAUGGAGGCGGAUGCGCAACUCCUGGAUGACAUGGCAGCCGCCGGCCUGGAAGCCCGCAUCGUCAAGGUUGCGAGUGGUGGUCUGGAUGACUCGUUCCUCUGGACCAACGUUGCAAGCCCAGAAGGCAAGGCCAGUAUUGCCAGGGCGAUGCGGCGCUUUGGUCCGGCUGAAUCCGGGGCGGUCAUCGGUGAAGGGGGCGAGUUUGAGACCCUCGUGGUAGACGGCCCCUCAGCGCUGUUUCGAAAGCGAAUUGUCGUGGCCCAAGAGGACCGCCACGUUGUUAGGGAGGGCGGGGGAAGCGCCUGGCUCAGGCUGCAGAAUGUAAGACUAGAGGAUAAGGGACUGGGGGACGACAGGAAUGAAACAUCCGCCGUGAGGAUUCCGGACUUGCUGGAUGCCAAAUUUGCCAGGGUGCUGGAUGUGCUCUCCUCUCCGGCGCGCGAUGAGUCCAAGCCAUUCGCUGCGCAGUCGAGCACCGAAAUCCCUCCCAUAGGGAGCCUACAAGCCCAUGCCAGCCGGAAGCUCCAGCACUGGAGCUUCGCCGGCCGCAAUUUCAACUCUAUCACGACCGAAACGCAGUCUAUCGUCGAGCAGAUUCGCCGCCGACUCUGCCAACACUCCCUACCCUCCUCUGCCAUCCUCAGCGCCACCAUUGUCCUGCGCCGCAUGGCCGACUUCCCCGCGGUAAACGCCGUCUACGGCGCCCUCUUCGAUGCGCCCAAUCCCCCGUCCAGGGUCACCAUCUCCUGCGGCGACGCCCUUUCGGCCGCAGCAGACGCGGGUGCAAAGAUAGUUGUCUACCUCUCGGUCAUGCACACAACCGCCGCCGCCGCCUCCUCCUCCCCCCUCCGCCACCGCCGCGGUCUGCACGUUCAAUCCCGCUCGUACUGGGCCCCGGCGAAUAUCGGCCCUUACAGCCAGGCCAUCUCUAUCCCUGUCGCCAGCCUCGCCAGCAGCAGCAGCAGCAGCUGCAGUACUGCAGAGGCAGAUACGGACGCCGGGACCAGACUGGUUACGGUCGCAGGCCAGAUCCCCCUCGUCCCGGCCUCCAUGGCUCUCCCCUCCCCGGCCGACAUCAUCAAGGGUAGUAGUGCCAGUGAGCUGCAGCUGCAGCUCGUCCUCGCGCUGCAGCACCUGUGGCGCAUCGGGGCCGAGAUGGGCGUCCAGUGGUGGACGAGCGCCGUGGCCUACUUCCCACGGCUGGUCCCGCAGCCUGAUGACGCCGCCGCCGCGGGUAUGGAAAUGGAACUGGAAAUGGAAAUGCAAGCAAGAGCCAUGCUAGCUGCUCGCGCAUGGCAGACGGCGCACGCCGCAACACUGGCAAGUAGUAAUAAGGGUGAUAGUGGUGAAGAAACGGAAGAGGAGGAAGACGAGGGCCCUGACCUGUGGGAUCGCCGGUUCAACCCGCAGUACAGGUCUUAUUACCAGGGCGGAGAGCAGCCGCAGCAGCAUGAACCGUCGCUGGCGGGGGAAUCGUUGCCUGAUCGCCGCGUGCUUGCCCCAGCCGAGGGAGCGAAGACCGCUGUGCUGCCGCCCUUGUUUGUCGCCGAGGUAGACGAGCUUCCUCGUGGUGCCGGGGUCGAGUGGCAUGCCCAUUUCGGCGUUGCACACGCCGACCCGGGGAGUGUCUUUGUGCGUGAUGAUGUGCGUGUAUCGAGUAACCCCGGAGGGCGUGAGGAGGAGGAAGAGGGGGAGGCGACGGUGUCGCAGGUGAUUGUUACCACCGCCGCCGGGGUGAGUUUUGUCCAGACUGUGGUUGCUCACAGGUUCAAUGGGGACGACUACGAGGUUCGCGGGAAGAAAUCCCGUGACUAUCAUCAGAUGGCCGGGGCGGCUCUUGCACAGCUUGGCGUGGUUCCUGGUGAUGUUUCUUCCGCAUCGGAAGAGCCGGCUGCUGCAGUGCUGGCAAGGUAUGUAGAUGCUCGGGUGCUGUCAAUUGAUCAGGCUGGUGAGGAAGGGCGCAAAAACGGCGAGACGCGGCUUGGCCCGGUGGUGCCGUGCAGGUCAUUGUGGAAUGCCAAGAGGGAGAGGCUCGCCUCGGUGACGGUGUACCAGAGUGUUUUUGAGAGGUCACACGCUAUAAUUGAGAAAGGUAGUGAUAUGUGAAAAGGGGUAAAUAAAGGGGUAAAUAAAAGGGGUAAAUAAAAGGGGUAAUUGACAACGAGUGCUGGCUAUCCUGGGAAUGGUACGGGUUCGAAAU